AUAAAUACCUUGCGUAUAAUUCCAAACUGCAAAAGUGGAUAAGUAUGUGUCAACCAAUCACCAUAGACAAGUAAUGUAUGCUCAAAACAAAAUAUAAUUUGCGAAUGAGGCUUUAACGUCAUUCUAGGUGUGAUACACUGAUCUGAUUGCGAAAAUGGUUUCCAAGUAUUGGCUACUAGCGGUUGUUUUUGUGGCAGUGGCGACGUCCUACGUUCCUGUUGAAGGCCAAACCAUGGAUGGUAGCGAGGCGAGCGCCCAUUGCCGUCCGUCGGACAAGAAGUGUGUGUUCAACCUGAUCAUCAAGCAGAGUACAACCAUGAUGCACAAAGGUGACAAACUCUUCGCAGAGGAUGGGAAACUAUACAGGUAUGACGUCACUAAUACGUCUAAUGCAAUCCCAAUAAACGACAGUGACGUCGUAGUUGGAGACGGCUGGGAGCAGACGCGGCUUGUAACACUAGCCAACGAACAGUUUCCGGGACCGGCGAUUAUCGUGUACCGGACGCAGGAUGUGGAGAUAAACGUUCAAAACGACUUGCAUGGACAGGAUGUCACCAUCCACUGGCACGGCAUCGACAUGCACGGUACUCCCUGGAUGGACGGCGUGCCCUACAUUAACCACUGCCCAAUUGCAUCAGGGCAAUCAUUCAGAUACUCGUUCAAUGUGAACGAAAAUGGAACGUAUUGGUGGCAUUCUCACAUUGGUACACAACGGUCGAAUGGCCUCGCUGGCCCGUUCAUUGUAAAGGAAAAAACCGAGCCUUACGAAAACGAGCAUAUUAUGAUGGUUCAGGACUGGAAUCAUGACGGGGACUCAGACUUCGCUACUCAAACUAUCGGUGCAAGCUACGAUGGGAGGGUUAAGUGGAAUGCCUUUCAGACAAUUGACGGGGGCCUCUGGGGAUCCUUCCGAAUACACUCUGUACUCAUUGACGGUCGGGGUCGAUAUAAGGAUGAAUCAACCGACGUUACUAUCGACACACCCCUGAAGGUUUACCGCGUCGUACGAGGGGAAACCUACAGAUUCCGUGUCAUAACGACAGCGACAUAUUAUCCACUGCGAAUUUCAGUAGAUCAGCACAAACUGCAGGUGACAGCUUCUGACGGCUUCGACUUAGAGCCGCUUACUACUGAGUCGUUCGUCAUUUUUCCCGGGGAGAGAUACGACUUCAACAUAACAUGUGACCAGGAAGUAGCCAACUACUGGAUACGCGCAGUCCCAUUCGUCAAGGACAUUGACAGGACGCCCGUUGGCGAGGCAAUUCUCCGAUACGAUGGUGCGGGAAACUCCUACCCUACGACCUCUCGAGAUUGCAUUAGUGUCGAUGGAUGCUCCGUAGCAAACUGUCCGUUUAACUACAAAUCUUUCCGUAUUUACGGUGACACAACGUGCAUCAGCCAGGACAAGUUCAUGAGUGCCCCAGGAACGAAAUCGGCUCCUCAGUACGAUAAAGGAAACUUCAGGCAGUAUUUUCUUAAUUUUGGAUUCGUUCAGGGAAGAGCUUCUGUCAAUGGUAGACAAUUUGUAAGUCCUACGGUUAAUAUCUAUACCCAGCCUAAACAGUUUUCUGCGCCCUGUGAAGAUAACCCAGAUUGUGAUGAAGAUGGCAAGGCGUGCUCAUGCAUGCACGUGCUCAAGUUCCCAGGGGAUGCCACUAUCCAGAUAGUUUUGACUAAUUUGGUGCAAUCGUCGAACCGCAAGUUCGGCUCGAACCACCCCGCGCACAUCCAUGGACAUGACUUCUAUGUGGUUAAAGUAGGCUACCCUAGCUACAACGAGAUAACUGGAGAAAUCGACCAGCCUACUGCAGAUAUUGUGUGCGAGAAUAAAACUGGAUCGUCUGACCUGACCUGUAAAAACCCAAGAUGGAAAGACCAAUCUUGGGACAUCGAACUACCAGAGGCGAACAUUAACCGAGCAUUUUUCAAGGACACUGUUGCCAUCCCGUCCGGGGGUUAUGUUGUGAUACGGUUUAAGGCAGAUAACCCAGGAGUGUGGAACGCCCAUUGCCACAUGGAGCCACACAACAAUGGAGGAAUGAGGUUCAUCUUGAACGAGUCGUUCCCUGAGCAGCCAAAGGCCCCAGCCGACCUCCCCAUCUGUAAUAACUUCCCGCCUACCGAUUACAGUGGAAAAGCUGAGACCAACGAUUCAACGAAGUUGGGAGCAUGGUCUGUUUUCAAAGGGGCUGCGUUGUAUGAGUUUGCCUUCCUUGCCAUACUGAUCACAAUGCUUCAAUGUGAACGGGAAUAAACGAAUGUUCCCUGGAGGUCAGCAAUGAAGAAAGAAGAUUCAACAGCCGUGGUCAUUAUAUAUAUAGUGUAGACAUUUUAGUAUCAUUAAGAAAUCAUCACGAACAAAACUUUUGGUCUUGUUUCAAUUAGUAUCUAAGCAACAUUAAAAUAAUACUAAAACUGUUGACAAAAUGCCCGCUUUAAAAACUGUUAAGUAGAUACGUCUUUACUUACUCGAAAAUUUAAGAAAACAAUUGUUCAUAUUAAACAUGAAAACUUCUCUUAUUAUACUAUGUCUUAAAUGCAGAAUAUAGAUGGAUAUCUUUAUUUUCUCCUUUCAAAGAAGUUUACACAGAUAAAGUUUUAUCACAUGCUACACCUUGUUUCCGGUUUAAUAUAACCAUCACGUAUUUUUUUUAUAUUACACAUGUGAAAUAUAACAUUGCUCUUCAUCUAUUGGUCAGAAAAUAUAUCGCUCCGCAUUUAUAUAAAAAGUUAAUUGGCAAAAAGGAACUGCUAAUUGGUAAUAUUCCUGUAUACCAAACCUUCAAUUCUUAUUUUAUUUCUAUAAUAAAUAUUUGUUUGGUUAGAGUAGUUGAAUUUCUUUCUAAAUAUUAAGAGGAUAACAAAGUAUGUCGUCUUGAUAUCUUGAAAAAGCAAAUUUAAAAGCGUCCAAAAUUUAGUUUAUUUUAACCGAAAAUGAACAUAAACAUUAUGACGUCACAUCUACUAGAUGACGUCAUGAUGUUUAUGUUCACUUCCGGUAUAACAGAAAGAAAGAUUUCGUUAAAAUUAAAGUGUUUAGAGUGUGAUUUUUACUGGAUAUCAUCUGAGAAUGCAUUCUUAAAUAAACGGAAUUAAAACGAUCGGGUAUAUAUGCUGUUUUAAAUAAAUCCUGGUACUACAUUCCUGCAAUGCAUGUAGCGCGGGAAAUGACAACACUUGGUGAUAUUCGGCUCAUCAGCCUCGCAGGUGAAACAGGUAGGGGUUUUUUUGCCAUUUUAUACCGGAAAAAGCAUGUGAUAAAAAGAAUCUGACACUCGUUGUCAUUUAAUACCAAUUUUUAUUAAACUCGUCCAGAAAAACUGUUAGUAAGCUCGCCAAAGGCUCGCUAACUAACAGUUUUCCUGAACUCGUUUAAUAAAAAUUGGUAUUAAAUGACAACUCAUGUCAGAUCCUCUAUAUAGUGUAUCUACACACUCAAAUAGUAUUAAAGACGUAUCUGUACAUAUAUACAUAUUCAAACACAUAUAUUAUUACCAAGAUAAACAGUAAGUUAUUUAAAUAUAAGCAAGUAGAGAUUGUGUGCGUAUUGACAUGUUCUAACCGUCAAUUAACCUGUAUAUGAGUGUGUUAGUGAUCUCAUUAAGAAACAUCAAGUAUUCAUAAAUCGCGUCUUGCAGAACUGUGUUUUGCAAGUUUUGUUGAGGGAAUAAAAAUGACUUUUCAAUACACUAUUAUUGGACUUAAUAUGUGCCUUUAUAUGAAUGGUGAAUGAAUGAGCGCUUUCCUUUCUUGAUGGUAAUCUUUUUUAUCAUAUUCGUCUUAUUUGCAUGUUUGAUUUGCGGUGUUUGUUGCUCGUUGUGCAUUUGUUUGAAAUAAUAGUAUAUAUCACACACCACACGACAUUACUUUGAAUAAAGGUGUAUCAAUUACA